ACGGACACACCUUCUUCAGUUGAAACACCUCCUUCUAGCCUCCUCUUCCUCCUCACUGUGACACUUUUCCCUUCACGGAGAAGCAGACUGGAACAAGUUUUAGUGUGUCAACUCAACAAGCUCGUUAACAAGUUAGCAUAACCCGACAUUUCACUUCCGUGUUGUUCUUCUUCGCUGUUGGAGGACCUAAGUGUUCAUUUCUCCUCAUUCUCUUCACACCUGCACUAGCUUCUUGUUGCUGUGGACUCUUUUUUUUUUUUUAAGGAUUUUACCCCACUGGACGCUUUUUAAGUGUCUUUCCUUUUCAUAAAUGGACUUUGCGGGACUUUAGGAAGUUUUUAAGGUGAAAUCGUCGCCACUGUCAAAAUAAAAGCCCAACGAAGUGGAGCUGAUCCACUUUCCGCACUUUUCUGAGCAAAACAAGAUAAGCCGGCUGUAUAAGUAUAAAGGCGGCGGACCAUGGCGGACCGCAGUCCGGUGAGCAGACGGCGCACCGGCGGGUUCCGGCACUUGCUGCUGCUCGUCCUCCUCGCCGGAAGCCUGCAAUUGUUGGUGGACGCCAACUCGUGGUGGUCCAUGGCUCUGACCCCCAUCCAGAGGCCUGAGAUGUACAUCAUCGGAGCUCAGCCUCUCUGCAGUCAGCUGUCGGGUCUCUCCCAGGGUCAGAGGAAACUAUGCCAGCUGUACCAGGACCACAUGAUGUACAUUGGGGACGGGGCUAAGACUGGCAUCAAGGAGUGCCAGUACCAGUUCAGACAGAGAAGGUGGAACUGUAGCACGGUGGACAACACGUCCGUCUUUGGACGCGUCAUGCAAAUAGGUUCCAGAGAAACCGCCUUCACUUACGCCAUCAGUGCCGCCGGUGUGGUGAACGCCAUCAGCCGAGCGUGUCGCGAGGGCGAGCUGUCCACGUGUGGCUGCAGCCGGGCAGCGCGACCCCGUGACCUCCCCCGUGAUUGGCUGUGGGGCGGCUGCGGCGACAACGUUCACUACGGCUACCGCUUCGCCCGGGAGUUUGUGGACGCCCGCGAGAGGGAGAAGAACUUCCCACGCGUCUCACCUGAGCACUCACGGACGAUGAUGAACCUGCAGAACAACGAGGCGGGGCGGCAGGCGGUGUACAACCUCGCCAACGUGGCCUGCAAGUGUCACGGCGUCUCCGGUUCCUGCAGCCUAAAGACCUGUUGGCUCCAACUGGCCGACUUCAGGCGCGUUGGUGAAUUCCUUAAGGAAAAAUACGACAGCGCCGCCGCCAUGCGCAUCGGACGCAAGGGCAAACUGGAGCAGGUGGACAAGCGUUUCAACCCCCCAACCCCGGAGGAUCUGGUCUACAUCGACCCCAGCCCGGACUACUGCCUCCACAAUGAGACGACGGGCUCGCUGGGCACUCGGGGCCGCCUGUGCAACAAGACGUCAGAGGGCAUGGACGGCUGCGAGCUGAUGUGCUGCGGCCGCGGCUACGACCAGUUCAAGACGUACAAACACGAGCGCUGCCAUUGCAAGUUCCACUGGUGCUGCUACGUCAAAUGCAAGCGCUGCACUUCACUGGUCGACCAGUUCGUCUGCAAAUAACCGCCAAUAUUCAUCCAUCCUUUCCUGCCUGUAAGCACCAUCCCUUCCUGCUUUCCUCAUCCAAACCCACGUUGGCUUAGCAGGUGGACCCGACAAGGACACGUGUGAAAUAUACAAGUCAACGACACCGUGAUUAUUAUUUAAAAGAGACUCACACACACACACCGUCGUUAUGUCCUUCCACGAGGCUGCUCGAGUCCCCAAAGACAUAUGACCUUUCACCACGAAAGGUUCUGGCCUGCGGACGUGCUGAUGAUGCACAAUCGCGGCACAUCAGCAGAAGGGGGAGUCAACACCUGGAAGACUAAGAAAUACUAUGAAAAUACUACUACAAUAAAAAUACUACUACAAUGAAAGUACUAGCACAGUUAGCAUGAUGCUCUCAGCUCCGUUAUUGUCCAAUAGCGAGAGUAAUGAAGCGAAGAGACAAGUCCAGCGGCUGUGAUUGGAAAUGAGUCAGUUAAGCUCCCUGAUGAAAUUAAUAUCCAAAUGAUGAAACUGACUAUGUUGGGAAAAAAAGAAUGUGUGUAAGCUGGACUGCAAUUUAUUACGAGCUACUUUAAAGAGAAAGUAUAUAUUUUAUUACUGUUCAUUUUCUGUUUUAUAUGUUUUACAUAUUCUCUUGAUAAACCAGUCUUUUGGAUUUAUUUUGUUUUGUCAUUUUUUGGGGUUUUCUUCUUGCCCUUUUUUGGUAAUACAAGCAUUGCGCUGUCAUGGUUGUGCAGUAACCUCACUAAUAAUCUCAUUACUUUUAGCUGCGCACUGCUAACUGGAUUAA